AUGGCGGGCGGCGCUAGCAACACCAGCAGCGCUCCAGGGCUCAUCCAUCGCCACUUCUUUGGGCUCAAAGGCAGUGUGCACAACAACGUUGCGUUCGCAGAGGAGAGUGUGCUCGUUUAUCCGUGCGGCCACAAUGUCAUCAUCUACAAUCUUGAGUCCAAGGAGCAGCAGUUUAUACAUGGCGUCGAGACUACGGGGCGCGGUAUCACGGCACUCGCCGUGUCGCCCAAUAAGCGCUACGUGGCCGUGGCGGAGCAGGCGGAGCGCGCGGUUGUGCACAUCCACGACCUCAAUACGCUGCGACGCCGCAAGACGCUAACACCUAGUGACGGUCUGGCGGAAACUUUUGUCUGGGUGGCGUUUUCAGGCGAUAGCAAGUACUGCAUCACGCAGGGAGGCGCACCAGACUGGGUGCUUUCGCUCUGGUUGUGGGAGAAGACCAAGCUGCUCGCGAGCGUCAAAGCCUCAACGCCUCAAGGCAACGUCAUUCAUCAGGCAGAUUUCAGUCCAAAUGAACCUCUAACGAUAUGUGCGAGUGGCAACGGACUGCUAAAGUUCUUCCGAUUCACAGACGGCCAGCUGAGAUUACAGGCGACGCCGCUGAAGCGUGAGCCCGCGCACUUCCUACGACAUGCUUGGGUCUCGGACGACCGCGUUGUAGCAGCAGCAGACUCAGGUGAACUGUGGCUGUUCGAACAGUUUGAGUUUAGACAGAUCUUGACGCCAGCGACUACUGGCGCAACGGGAGACGGCAGCUACGUGAGCUCCUUGUUGGGCUACUCCAAGGGCUUCGUUUGUGGCGGGUCGGGAGGUUGUGUGCGCAUUUACGACCGAAGCGAUGACGGAGGAUCGCGCGAGUACUACAAAAAGGCAAAAACGUUUCGAAUCGAGGGUGAUACUAGCACUAUCAAGGACUUGGCUAUCAGUCCUAGUGAAGAUCUGCUCGUUUGCUCCCUUGAGAACAACCAUAUGUACGCACUUACACUCUCAAGCACCGAUAUCCUCAAGGAAGACGCCAUGAACUUCGAGGUCGUCUCGACGGCUUUCCAUGCACCGAGUAGCAGUGGGAGCUGUCAUAUCACUGGACUUGACACGUGCAUUCGUAAGCCGCUAGUGGUGACUUGUGCGCUCGAUCGAUCUGUGCGCGUGUGGAAUUACUUGGACAAGUCAACUGAUAUCCUUAAAUUCUUCCGCGAAGACGCUUUGUGUGUGGCCUUCCAUCCAUCCGGCUUGCACGUCGCUGUGGGCUUUACAGAUAAGCUACGAUUGCUCAACGUCCUUAUGGACGACAUUCGCUCUUGUCGUGAGUUUACUAUCAAAGGCUGUCGAGAGGUGCGUUUCUCGAAUGGAGGUCAGUUCUUCGCCGCAGCAAACAACAACGUCGUCCAUGUGUAUGCCACAUACACAGGGGAGUUGGUGUCCGUGCUACGUGGCCAUUCGAAUCGCGUGACGGCGAUUUCAUGGAAAUCUGGCGACCGAAAGCUACUAACAUGUGGAGCUGAUGGUACAGUCCUCCUCUGGAGUCUCCGUUCAGCAUCAAAAGCUGGCGAUGGCCACUCACAGGCACGUUGUUCAUACAUUGAUGCCGCGCUAUCUCCAGAAGGGGACGUGGCGUACGUAACAGGCUCUGAUAAUAUGCUCAAGGAGAUUGAUACGGCUACGGGUUUGGCACGAAACGAGCUUUGGGUCGGCGGUAGUGGGGCUGCAUUAGGCCCAUUAGCUCUCGCAAACUCACAGCAAGUGCUUUUUGUCGGAUCGGCAGAGCCAGGUCGUCCCGGUACGGUGAGGCUAUACCGUUUGCCAUUCGAGAAAGACCACCCGCUACCAACAACGACGUUGUUGAGUGGUGGUGUAACUACUUCUCCGGGAUCUGUAUCACCCACAGCCCAGACUGGAUCUACGUUAGCUGCUGCUUCUGCAGGUACAGGCUCAGCGUCCCAGGCCUACACUGAGUACCAUUGCCAUGACCUCCCGGUGUCACGACUUCGACUAUCGUUCGACAACCAGUUCCUCUUUUCUACAGGCGAAGAUGGAUCGUUGUGUAUCUUCGAGACGCAAAACGUCAUCGGAAAAGGAGGAAGCGUUGGUGCUAGUAGCGGUCCAGGAGGUGGCACUGUUGGGUCUCGAGAAGCUCGAAGUGAUAGCAUGACACUUGGUGGCGGUGGUGCUAACGGCUCGGGUUUACCCUUUGCAGAGGAAAUUCUGGUUACCAAAUCGGAUCUAGAAGAGAAGAAUCGUCUUAUGAACGAGCUGAAGUCCAAGGUGGACGAGUUGACGCUGCACAACGAGUAUCAGCUUCGAUUAAAGGAUCUCAACUAUAAGGAGAAGAUCAAAGAGGUAUCCGACAAGUUCACCGCUGAGCUAACGCAAGAUCGACAACGCUGUGGCGACUUGCAGAGUGACAAGACGGAAAUGGAGAAUGAGUACCAGAAGAAAAUGCGCGAGAUGGCUGCAACGCACCGAAGUGAGAUACAAGAGCUGAAAACCACGUACGAAGCCAAAGUCGAGGCUGAAAAAGCACGCUACGCAGCACUAGAACAGGCACGUGGUGAGCAGAACACUCGGUUCGAGGAGGAAAGUCAUCUACUCGUUGAGAGCCACACACAAUUCCUAGCGGAAAUGACAACCGAGUACGAGCAAAAGUUCGCUCAUGAGCAGGAAUUGCAGGCAGUCUGUGAGCAGGCUAAGAAUGAGCUCAUUGCCACAAAUGAAGCGCUGAAGCGUUCUCUUGAAGAGGAUGCAGAGCUCGAGGUAGACGAGCUGAAGAGUAAGUACGAGCUGAAGCUGUCAGACGAGCGUGAGGCGACACUACGCCUUAAAGGCGAAAAUGGCAUUAUGAAGAAGAAAUUCUCGGCCUUGCAAAAGGACAUUGAAGACCAACGCGAGGAGAUCCGAUCUCUUGAAGAGAAAGGGAAGGAGCUGACAGAGAAUAUUCGCGGUCUUGAAAAAGAUAUCCAAGGUCACAAGAAGGAGAUUCGAGAGCGUGAGGAGACGAUCCAAGACAAGGAGAAGCGUAUCUACGACCUGAAGAAGAAGAACCAGGAGUUGGAGAAGUUCAAAUUCGUGCUGGACUACAAGAUCAAGGAGCUGAAGCGCCAGAUUGAGCCGCGCGAGCAGGAAAUUGCAGAUAUGAAGACGCAAAUCGAAGAGAUGGACGCAGAGCUAGAGCAAUACCACAAGAGUAACGCGGCGUUAGAUCUCAUGAUCGGAGAGCUGCGACUUAAGAUGGACGGCAUGCAAAAAGAGCUCAGCUUGCAAGCUACACAGGUGGCGCUGGGUAAGGCGCUAGUACGACAAGUACAGACAGAUUUGCUAGGGUGUGCACAGCUUCUGGAUAACAAGAAGGCGCUCAAGGUCGCCGUCAUGGCACUGAACAAGAAGUACGAGGACGGUGUCACACCCGACGCGAAGGAGCCCAACUCGCAGGCCGAGUACAACCGCCAGCGUGAAUAUCUCGAGAAAGAAGUUGAAUCGCUUAAGCGAAAGAUCAUGAAAGGCAUGGCCAUCAGCGAAAGCGAGCUGCAUCGGCUACAGCGCGAAAACGCAAUACUAACCACACAGGUCAAUGAGCUGCGGCGCGAGUUCCACAACGUGCGCAUGCAGACCCAAGAAGUACGUGACGCCAAGUACAAAUCUACCCUUUCGAUCGCCAAUAGUGCUGUGAACAAGAAGCUCUCAGUGAGCACUGAGGUGAUGCGUGAGCGCAAAGAGAAGAUGCGUGAGGCAGAGUUCCAGAAAGAGCACAUCCUGCAACUCAAAGCCCGCAUCACCGAGCUGCAGAAGACGCUUGGAGGCGGCCUCAAGUUUGCAUUAUCUGGAUCUAGCAAUUCUUCCCAGCACAGACAGCAGCAGCAUAGAAGACCGGCUCCACCAGCAGCGCAGCGCCUUCCACCUGUAUAA